AUGGAAGAAGGCGGUCUGGAAAGCAGCGAAGUCCAUUUGGCUCCCCGCGACUGCAGCAGCAGUAGCAGCAAAGGCAGCAGCAGCAAAGGCAGCAGCAGCAAAAGCAGCAGCAGCAAGCACAUGAGCAGCGUUACCAGCAACGAAAGACUACUGCUUACGGAGCAGCACAGCGAGCGGGGCUGCCCAACCAGCAGCAGCAGCAGCACCAGUAAUAGUAGGAGCAGUAGCAGCACUGCAGCACCGGUGGCAACAGCAGCACUACAGCAGCAGCAGCAGCACUGCAGCAGCAGCAGCAGCACUGCAACAGCAGCAGCAGCAGCAGCAGCAGGAGAGCGGGACCUUGUUUGA